UCCCUUCCUCUCUCUGUCUGCUCUCCUUCAGCGCACACAGCUCGUUCGCACUGCUGUAGGAGCGUCUGUUGAGCUGCCGAGGCAGAGCAGCUCGCUUUGUCCGUCCUCUGUCAGCCACCUGUGCCGCGGAUGAUGCGGAUGGAGCAGACCCUGUGUUACAUGGAAUAAUUUCAGCAUCAUUGCUGUGUUUUUUCCUCCCCCUCUUUCGGAUUUGCUUCUCUCUCCCCCCUUUUUUUAAAAAAAAAAUUCGCAUCGCCGGGCAUCUAAAGUUGUGAUGAUGCCUCCGCUCAGCAUUUGGGAUUGGUAACAGCCUCCCGUGCGAGGGUGAUACAUCAUUCGCAUGUGAUUGAAGAACGCUGUCUCUCGGAAGUGGACAAAACAUGGACUAAUUUUGCUUUUGUUUUUUUAUACAUUCACCAUGAGAUUAUUACAGCUGUUUCUGAUUUCCGGUGUAUUUUUCGUCUCCUCAGUUAUAGGUUUUGGGGUUGACCCUGCCCUGCGCAUCAGCGUAUUUGAUGAACUAACGCUUGGAGAAGGCUUUGAUGGAGUUACUCAGGUCCAGGGCUUCCACAGCGAGUCUAGAGCUUUCCACUUCCAAGGGUCCUCCAGGGAAGUAAAAGCUCCCGUGGAGGUCUCAGAGCAAAUGGUCCAGAAGCUAAGAGGCAAGAAUGAGUUUACUGUGUUGGUGACCCUCAAACAGGAUCACCUGAACUCUGGGGUGAUCCUCUCCAUCCAUCAUUCUGAACACAGGUUCCUGGAGCUCGAGAGCAGCGGCCAACGGAGUGAAGUACGCCUUCAUUAUCGCACCAAAGGGCAGCAGGAUCACACGGAGGUGUUCCCUUACAGCCUGGCUGACGACCAGUGGCACAAGGUCUCUGUCGCCAUCAGUGCAUCUCACAUCAUACUACAUGUGGACUGUAACAGGAUCUAUGAGCGGGUGGUGGAACCUCCCUACAUGGACAUACCCGAGGAUACUUCCUUUUGGCUCGGACAAAGAAACGCUGCUCAUGGCUUCUUCAAGGGAGUGAUGCAGGACGUGGAGAUCCUGGUGAUGCCACAGGGUUACAUCUCACAGUGUCCAGACCUUAACAGAACAUGUCCAACCUGCAAUGAUUUCCAUGGACUAGUGCAGAAAAUCAUGGAGCUACAGGAUAUACUUGCAAAAACAUCCAGCAAGCUGUCCAGGGCGGAGGAGAAGAUGAAUGGGCUGGAUGGCUGCUAUUGUGAGAGAACCUGCAGCGUCAAGGGGGUCGUCUACAGGGAGGAUGAAAGCUGGACAGAUGGCUGCAGGAAUUGCACAUGCACGAAUGGCACGGUGCAAUGUGAGGCCAUCUCCUGCCCUCCCCCUCAGUGCCCGGCGGGCACAGUGCCUGCCUACGUAAAGGGUGCCUGCUGCAAGGAGUGCCAGCCUGUGUGCUUAUUUGGUGGAAGAGAACUGGUGGAAGGAGAUCAGAAAGCUGUACGUGACUCUGCUGGCAGGUGCCUGCUGUUUGAAUGCAGGGACAGGACCAUGCAUCGAGUGGUCCCCAGUGAGCCUUGUCCCGAACUCAACUGUCCGGAGUCGGAGCAGAUUGCUUUGAGUGGCAGAUGCUGUAAAGUCUGCAGAGGUCAUGACUUCUGCUCAGAGGGCAACGGCUGCAUGGAGAACUCUGACUGUGUGAACCUGGAGGCAGGAGACUGCUGUGUUUGUAAGGAUGGCUUCCGCCCACUGCGAGAUGAUAAUGCCUACUGUGAAGAUAUUGAUGAGUGCGCUGAAGGAAAGCACUACUGCAGGGAGAACACCAUGUGCGUUAACACCCCCGGUUCCUUUAUGUGUAUCUGCCAUACGGGCUACAUCAGGAUCGAUGACUAUUCCUGCACAGAACAUGACGAGUGCCUCAGCGGACUCCACAACUGCGAUGAGAAUGCCUUGUGCUUCAACAUGGUCGGAGGCCACAGCUGCUCCUGUAAGCCAGGCUACACGGGCAAUGGGACAGUCUGCAAAGCAAUGUGUGACGGAUUGUGCCAGAAUGGGGGAACCUGCGUUUCACCUAACAACUGUGUUUGCCAGCAAGGAUUUACUGGGAAGAGAUGUGAAACAGAUAUUGAUGAGUGUGCGGACGGCUUUGUCGAGUGCGACAGUAAAUCCACUUGUGUCAACUUGCCCGGCUGGUAUCACUGUGAGUGCCGGGAUGGGUACCAUGACAACGGCCUGUUUUCCGCCAAUGGGGAAUCAUGUAUAGAUAUUAAUGAAUGCAAGACAGGAAGGAACACCUGUGCCAACGACACAGUGUGCUUCAACCUGGAAGGAGGCUAUGACUGUCGGUGCCCCCACGGGCACAACUGCACCGGCGACUGUAUCCAUGACAACAAGGUCAAGCACAGCGGGCAAAUCUGGGUGCUGGACAGCGAUAGGUGCUCGGUGUGCUCCUGCCAGGCCGGCCAAGUGAUGUGCCGCAGGAUGGUGUGCGACUGCGACAAUCCCAACGCCGACCUGUUCUGCUGCCCCGAGUGCGACCCUCGACUUAGCAGCCAGUGUCUGCAUCAAAACGGCCUGCUCACCUACGGCAGCGGGGACACGUGGGUGGAGAACUGCCAGCAGUGUCAGUGCCUGCAGGGGCAGGUGGAUUGCUGGCCUCUGCCGUGCCCGCCUGUGGACUGCGAGUUUACUGUGGUGCCCGAGGGUGAGUGCUGUCCCCGCUGUGUCACCGACCCCUGCCAGGCUGACACCAUCCGCAACGACAUCACCAAGACAUGUACGGACGAGCACAACAUCUCACGCUUCAGCGGCUCCUCCUGGAUUAAACAUGGCACAGAGUGCACUCUGUGCCAGUGCAAGAAUGGACACAUCUGUUGCUCAGUGGAUCCCAUGUGCCUUUAGUCCUGGCAGAUCUGAAGGCACCUGUACAGUGUUCUCCAUGUAAAAAAAUACAAAAAAAAUACAUAAAAAAUAACACCAUCCCUGUGUCUCUUCACUGUCCUCCUCACAGACGUGGGUCACAUAGUGUUUGCGUUGUAAGGAUUUGUUUUGGCCUGCUGAAUCAGAUGGGUGGAAGUUCAGAAUAACACACCCAGUGUCACAUUGUCAAAUACAGACAAUUGUAAAAAAAAAAUGUAACCUUUCAGGUAUUUUUCUUUCCCUUCUGAUUAGCCACAGUUGAUUGUAUGUUCUGUACAGUAAACUCCACCCAUCUGGUGCUAAGCUUUAACUCGUAGAGCAAAUACUCUAUGACCGGCGCCUGCUUCCUCAACUCCUUUAUACCAAAUGCAAAUGUAUAUCAUACCAAACAGAUGAUGGACUACGGUUUCCUGAAACCCACCACUUUGUUAUGUCUCACCACUUAGAGUGAACCUUUAAGGAUCACCAUUCCCCACUCCCAAUCAUUGCUACAUGAAACUGUAAAAUAUUACUAUUACUGGCAUGACUCUGCUUGAUGUCCAAAUAUUUUUUGAUUUCUAAAUUCUCGAUGAUGAUGAUGAUGAUGAUGAUGAUGAUGAUGAUACAUUAGCUAGAGCAAAGGCAGUUAGCAUAAGGUUCCGUUGCCACAUUUGAGUCGUCUAAAUUAUGUGGUGCUUUGCAGCAUUUUGUUCCAUUUCUCUUUUUUGUAAUUUUUUUUCCAGCUUGUUAUUGUGUAAUAGUGAAAUAAAGUAUUUCCAUUUACAUUAA